AUGGACACAGCAGGUACAGACUCUGUCAGAACCGCAGUCACCCAGCAGGGUGUUCUUUUUGGCCAACACGAAGCCAGACUCACGAAUACCACAAGGGAGAUGGAGUUCUUAGCCAACCAAGUGGCUGAGUUGACCAACCGGAUCCAAGAGCUGCAACGAGAGGCUCCUCGGGGUGGUGCAGUUCACCAUCUUUCUCACCAUGAGCCUGAGCCCCGAUGCAAUAACCCACCACCCUAUGAUGGGGACCCCAAUUCCUGCCGGGCCUUCUUGUCCCAGUGUUCUGUGGUGUUUGCCUUGCAGCCACGCACAUACGCACUUGAGAUGUCCAAAGUGGCUUUUGUUUUGACUCUUCUGACCGGCAAGGCCAGAGACUGGGGAACCUCCGUCUGGGAGACCAAAGCUCCCUGUUGUGCUUCUUUUAAAGAUUUCCGCCAGGAGAUGGAGAGACUGUUCGACCGCUCUGCAAGAGGUCAGGAAGCGGCUGACCAGCUAGCACGGCUCCGUCAGGCGGGUCGCUCAGUGACGGACUAUGCCAUUCAUUUUAAGACUCUUGCAGCGACCUGCGACUGGAAUGAGGGGGCCUGUCGAGCUAUGUUCCGUGCUGGGCUAGAGGAUGAUAUCCAGGAUGAGCUGGCCACUCAGGACCUGCCACGUGACUUUGACGAUCUGGUUAACAUGGCGUUGCGCAUCGAGGGUCGCCUUCCUGUCUCUAUUCACCUCUCUCUAGCCACCCGUUGGGGAAUUCCUUCCAUUCCUCUUCCCAAACCUAUUCCUGCCCGUUCAUUGAAUGGCACUUUAAUAACCACUGUCUCAUAUGCCACUCCCCCUGUUAAUCUUAUAGUCUCGGGCAAUCACCGGGAGGUGACCACGCUGUACCUUCUUGAAUCCCCGAGUGCUCCCAUAGUUCUGGGGCACCCGUGGUUGGUGCAACAUGGCCCUCACGUGGAUUGGUCCAACAACUCUGUCCUGUCUUGGAGUAAGUUUUGUCUUGCGUCUUGUCUGGGUGCUGCCUCUUUUCCUGUGUCUGUGUGUCCUGUCUUGCAGGUGGAGGCUGCUGAUUUGAAGGGGGUCCCGGUGGAGUACCACGACCUGUGCCAGGUGUUUAGUAAGUCCCGGGCCACCUCCUUACCUCCACAUCGCCCUUAUGACUGUGCCAUCGAGCUCCUCCCAGGCACUUCUCCGCCCAAGGGUGCUGGGUUCUUCUUUGUCAAGAAGAAGGACGGCUCCUUGCGUCCUUGUAUAGAUUAUCGAGGCCUGAAUGACAUCACUAUUAAAAACAGGUACCCCUUGCCUCUAAUGUCAUCUGCCUUUGAGUUAUUGCAGGGAGCCAAGGUCUUCACCAAGCUAGACCUUCGGAAUGCCUAUCACCUUAUUCGCAUACGUGAGGGGGAUGAGUGGAAGACAGCUUUCAACACACCUACGGGACACUUUGAGUACCGGGUCCUACCAUUCGGUCUGACCAAUGCCCCAGCUGUCUUCCAGGCCCUGGUUAAUGACGUGUUGAGAGACAUGGUGAAUCGCUUUGUCUUCGUGUAUCUUGAUGAUAUCUUGAUAUUCUCCCCAUCUCUGCAGGUACACACUCAGCAUGUUCGCCAGGUGUUACAACGGCUGCUGGAGAACCAGCUCUAUGUUAAGGCGGAGAAGUGCGUCUUCCAUGCCCAGUCGGUUCCGUUCCUGGGGUUCGUUGUUUCUGCGGGGGAGAUCAAAGCCGACCCCUGUAAGGUAAGGGCCGUUGCCGAGUGGCCAGCUCCUGACUCUCGUAAAGCUCUGCAGCGGUUCCUGGGGUUUGCCAACUUCUAUCGGCGGUUCAUCCGGAACUUUGGUCAGAUUGCUGCACCUUUAACGGCACUCACCUCUCCCAAGGUACCGUUCAAGUGGAAUACUGGGGCACAGGAGGCCUUUGAUAGAUUAAAGUCCCGUUUUAUCUCUGCUCCUGUCUUGUCUAUUCCAGACCCUGAACGGCAAUUCAUUGUUGAGGUGGAUGCCUCCGAUGUCGGAGUGGGCGCGGUCCUAUCUCAGCGGUCGCACGAGGAUGGAAAGGUGCAUCCCUGCGCCUUCUUCUCCCACCGCCUGAGUCCCCCAGAACGGAAUUACGACAUAGGUAAUCGGGAGUUGUUGGCGGUCAGGCUGGCUUUGGGGGAGUGGCGUCACUGGUUGGAGGGCGCGGCUCAGCCCUUCCUGGUCUGGACGGAUCACAAGAACCUCGAGUAUGUCCGUUCGGCCAGGAGGCUGACCUCUCGACAGGCUCGCUGGGCCCUCUUCUUUGGCCGGUUCAAUUUCUCACUGUCUUACAGGCCCGGGUCAAAGAAUGUUAAGCCCGAUGCUCUUUCUCGUCUCUUCGAGGCUCCUGGGGGAGGGGAGUCAGCAGACACUAUCUUGCCCAAAGGGGUGGUGGUGGCAUCCCUCUCUUGGAACAUCGAGAGACGAGUAGAGGAGGCCCUACUUAAGGGGCCUGUGCCGAAGGGGUGCCCAGUGGGUAAUCUGUUUGUUCCCACCAAGUUGCGCUCUGAAAACAAGACUUCCAACGCGCCUCCCGUUGGUCUGCUCCACCCAUUGCCCAUCCCUUCCCGCCCCUGGUCACAUUUGGACCUUGAUUUUGUCACUGGCCUUCCGGAAUCCAAGGGUAACACCGUCAUUCUUACGGUGGUGGACCGUUUCUCUAAGGCGGCCCAUUUCAUUCCCCUUCCCAAGCUCCCCUCAGCCAAAGAGACUGCUAAGGAACCCGAGGCUGCGGUCCCGUCUGCUUUGGCCUUUGUCCGACGGUGUCGCCGCACCUGGAAGAGGGCCAAGGCGGCCUUGGCCCAGGCUAAUAGGCGGACUAAAGCAGCGGCCGACCGUCACCGAACUCCUGCUCCCCGCUAUGUGUGUGGUCAAAGGGCAGGACUCGGAGCCGAGCAUCUGUGCUGCGUUCUUGCCUUCAGCAAUGGGAAUGACGGCAGAGGUUGUGUUUACGCCUGGUCUGAGCACUUGUCAGGCAGUAAACGCUGCAGUGGAGGAGAUGGAUGUCAUGUUGAGGCCUAUGUGUUUGACAGGGAGUGA